AUGGAAGUUUUUGAUCACACCCAUUAUGUCACCACCUUUCCGUUUUCUUAUCCUUUCGCCACUACUACCACCUUCACCACCAAUCCUCCAUGGAUGGACAGCAGGAUAUGGAGUAGACUCCCCGAAAGACUUGUUGAUCGAGUCAUCGCCUUCUUGCCACCACCUGCGUUCUUCAGAGCUCGAUCUGUAUGCAAGAGAUGGUACUCUCUCUUAUUCUCUCACAGCUUCCUUCAAAUGUAUCUUCAGAUCAACCCAAAACCCUACUUUUUCAUCUUCUUCAAACAAAAAACCACUCAUCCUAAAACCACCACCACCACCACCACCAUCUUUAAAACCACUAACACCACCGCUGCCGAUAACGUUGUCCCUCAGGAAGGUUACAUCUUUGAUCCCGAAACUCUUUCGUGGCACCGUCUCGUUUUCCCAUUAAUCCCACAUGGGUUUUCUCCCACGUUUCCUCUGGUGGACUCAUCUGUUGGGUGUCUGAUGAAGCAGGUUCGAAAGGCCUGCUCCUUUCAAACCCCCUCUUCUCAUCUCUAG